AUGACGAGACCUCACAUUAUUCGCGCUGACACGAUCGACCUCCAAGAUCCCGACGCACCGUCGGCGAAAGACCACACUUCCAGAACGACUGGCGCCCUGGGCCCCCAUCAGGCCGAGACUCUUCGAGAGGUUGCUCAAGAAUCCGCCGAGGACCAAGCACGCAGCCCGACGCAGUCUUGGACAAAUCACGGCGCCGACAACGACGACGACAUUUCAGACUCGGACGAUCUUGCCGGAAACGUCUCCAGGAAGCUCACCACUGCCGCCAUGGACGACGCAAGCAAAAAACAACAGCAGCAAGACGCCUUGGCUGUCGCGCAGAACGGAGGUGCGUCAAACUCGGACGACGGCAACAUGGACGACUCGGACGACGACCUGGACGACGACGACAUGAUGGACAAGAUUUCGAGUUCGCCCUCAAUUGAAGAUGGUGGGUACCCUUCGAUUCUGCCUUACCAACAAUGGCCGCGGCGCAUCGAUUCUCUACCGGUCAGGAGAGACUGCGCCUCCCCCAUUUCUCCUGUUUUUAGCGAGGCAAGGUCCUCUUCUCCCUAUAUCGAGCCCAUCAGUUAUACACCCGGUCGACAUACGAACGACGACGACGACGACGACGACGACGACCGAUACGGCGAACCGCACGAUGAAUGGUACGACAAGCAACACACCGACGACUAUUACGCCAAUGACCCACCCGGCAACCAGUACAACGUCGAGUUUCACAGCCACGAACAGUACCGCGACGAAUACUGCGACAGGCGAUGCGACGACUGGGAACGGUACAGCGUCAAUGACGCAAGUCACGAAGCAAAGUUCGGUCUUGAGGGCGUGGCACAGCAUGGUCCGAUUGUUGUUCACCCGCUUCGGCUCCGCAAGUUCGAAGAAUCAGACCACGAGGACUUUGCGCAGCGGCGUGCCGAAAUGGAGAGGGCAGAAAGAGAUGAGGCGAUUGGUGGACUAGACGACAACGGCAUCCCGCUUACGAUUCCCUACCAACCCUCGAUUCAUGAUGAUGAUGACGAUGAUGAUGACGAUGUUUCCCUUCCUGAUGAUUCCAGAUACACCGUCUGUGGCUGGGGCUACGAGUGCUUACACGAAGCAGAGGACAUCGAUUUCGAAUUCGUCUACGCGUUACACACCUUCGUCGCGACCGUCGAAGGCCAAGCAAAUGCCACCAAAGGCGACACCAUGGUGUUGCUCGACGACAGCAACAGUUACUGGUGGCUGGUGCGCGUGGUCAAAGACAGCAGCAUCGGCUACUUGCCAGCUGAACACAUUGAAACGCCAACAGAGAGGCUGGCGCGCUUGAACAAGCACAGGAACAUUGACGUAGUCGCUCCCUCCACGGAAGAGAUGAACCUUUCUGACCUAGAUCAGCUUUCUGCCACAAUGCUUGGAGAUCAGGCUGGAGAAAAGUCCAAGAGCACGUUCAAGACAGCUCUGAGGAAGAAGAAGAAAACGGUCGCAUUCGCCGCCCCGACCUUCGUCGACUACUCAGACUACGACUAUUCUUCUGACGAGGAGGAUGUGGAUGAACUCCUUUCCCAGCAGCAGGGUGCCCAGCAGCAACAACAGCAGCAGCAACAGCAACAGUCGACAGCACAGCAAUCGUCUGAAGAGAAGAUGGAUGAUGAUACAGCCAAGGUGGAGCCUUUGAAGCCUCGGACAACAAAUGAGAUCAAGGUCGUGGAUUCCGCAAAGCCGGAUGAUUCUCUGGCAGACGAUCCGAAACGCGAUAGCGGCGAAAUAUUCGAGAAGCCUGAGGGUCCCAGCCGGUCACGAAAUGGCACCGUCAGGAACACCGACUCUUUCUUCAAGGACGAAACAGUUGAGACAAAGAAAAUCACCCUCACGCCUAACUUGCUUCGCGAUGAUAGUGGCUCGCGGCCAUCGACCACGGAGAGUGUUCAGGUCAAGCAGCGGCCGAGCCUGGAUAAGAUUGACAAGGAGCUGCAGCCGGACAAGAAGGAGGAUAAGAAGAAGAAGGACAAGAAAGAGAAGGAGAAGAAGACGAGCACGAUUCGGAGUUUCUUCUCGCGUAAGGACAAGAAGAAAUCUACCGAUGACGACGACGAGUCUUUCGGCAAGAGAUCGAUGGACAUUGUCACAGAAUCCCAAGAUCGCGAGGAGGAGGAGAUCAAGGAGCCAUUGUCGCCGAGAGGGGAUGGUCCGCAACGGAACCCGAGCAAGCUCCAGAAGCAACAGCCAAGGGUGGAACCGUCACCGUCGAGGAAGACCGGGGCCGCUACGCCUCAAAAAUCUGCCACCCGGGAACUGUCGGAUUUCAUCUCGACUGAAGGACGACCCAACAACGUCUCGAACGUACCACCCGCCUCUAUGCGUAUUGUCGAGGACGACUCGUCGGACCCAGACGCCGUAGCUCAACAGCAACGGAUCAAGUCCCCCGAGACAACUCGAUCGCCGCCGCCACAAGAAAAGUCGUCGCUCUCCAAGAUCAUUCCUUCGCGGAGCGGUGGCAGUGACAAGCCGCAAAAGGUCACAAAGGCCAAGUCACGAGUGGAGCUUGACGACUUUGAUUCUUCUUCUGGCGAGGAGGUCGAACCUGCCGCCGCCGCCGCCGCCGCCGCUGCCGAACCGCCGGUGCAGCAGCAGGCCGAGCAGAUAACAAAGGAGGAGAAGCUGGCCCGACCGUUGCCUGGAGCGUUCCCUGACAGCUACCUGAGCACCCAGAGCGGCUCGAGCGCUCAGACGGACAAAACCGUCACCCCAACGCAGCCUCAACAAGCUCAACCUCAGCCCGCUGCUGCGGAACGAGAAAAGGACCGCCUUUCCGAGUCGCCUGUGCAAGUCUCUCCGGUGACGGCAAGCAACCCACCUGCGCUCAUGGUGGACACGUCAAGUCAGGAGGGACACUCGACGUCACCGUCGCCGGAGCUCAUCGAAGCCGAGGAGGCAGGCAGACAUCGCGCGCAAGACUCAAUGACGGCGAGUUCGACAUCGACGGGCGGAAGCACCACUGGCAGCAGCUGGAACGACGCAAAGCUUCGGGCCUUUUUCGAUUCGAGCUCGGACAUCCGAGACAUGUUGGUCGUGGUAUACGACAAGAGCGAUGUGGCGCCUGCUGGGCCGGAGCACCCGGUCGCAGGCUCCCUAUUCCGCGAACAAAACGCCAAGUUGGCGGAAAUCACAACGCAACUUGAUAACAUGCUUGGUGACUGGUUAGCACGCAAGCAAAGACUUCGAGGCACUGUAUAA